UGAGUUCCUUGUCUUCGCUGCUUUCUGAUCCUCCUAUUGUUUUUCUUCUACCUCGUUUCCCUAGAAGAUGUAACCGCGGCGCUGUGCGACAAAGCGAACGCUUUUCGCAUGGACUUUCUCUUCUGCGUCGGCUUCGUUGUGUGUACCACUCUGACUUCGUUCUCUCUUUUUCUCCCGAGUUCUUCUCGAUCUCUGCGUCCUUCAGUUUUCUUCUUCCUUCCAAAGAUUUCCUCUCCCAACUCCACGACGUCUGUUCUCCUCCGUCUCCCCAGGGGUAUUCUCUUCCUUAGUUCCUCGUCUCUCCUCGCUCUGUUCUUCUCUCUUUGCCUCUCCUCUGAUUCUCUCGUCUGAUUCUCUCCUCUGACUCUCUCCUCUCCCUCCCUCUUCUCUCGGCUUCCGUCUGUGCUGCCCUCGUUCUGUCCCCCUUUUCUCUCAUCUGCGCGUCUGCAUUUUUUUCUCUGAAGAUGACGUACCCUCCUCGCCGUCCACCCUCGUCUCCGUCCUCUCCCUCCUCUCCCUCCUCGGCUGCCUUCGCUUCCCGUUCGCGAGCGUCUUCUCCUCUUUUCUUCCGGCGUUUCACCGCCGACCUUCUCUCGCAGUCGAGAUCUCCAGCAGACACUGAAGACGGCGAGGCCUCUCUUUCUCAGACUCCACGACAGGCGACGAAUCGACCUCACAACGGUCCUCGCUUCUCAAACGCUGCGACAGCUGCAGCGGAACGAAACAAGCUCCUUCAAACGUUCGACCCUCUUCCUUCUCCUCCUUGGUCUGCAAUAUCUGCAUCUUCUACGUCUUCUGCAUCUUCUUCGUCUUCCUCCUCUUCUCCGACGCCGCAGGCUCUGCAUCCCGCGGUUUCUGUCAACGGUCUCGCCUCGCACUCUUCUCUUUCGGUGGACCUGAGUGCGUUUCCGCUUUCCCCUCAGACGAUUUCUUCUGCUUUCUCUCCUCGCCGAUUCUCGUCCCGCGUCCGCGACUACGUCCUCACGCAGCCGGCCCUUCGGGUGUCUCUACAGCCUGCGCUCUCUGUCUCGUCGACUCGGCCUCUCUCGGGUGCUCCCGACGGCCGAGCCAAGACUGGCUCGGAAAGAGGCCAAAACGCCCUUUCUCUCACAGGGGAAGAUGGCGGAGAUGCCUCGCCAUUCGCAGCCUUCUGCGCGCUUGUCACAGAGGGCGUAGGCCUCGGGCAGAACGCCGAAGUCGCUGCAGAGCUCGUCUACGACACCGUCGCCUCCCAUCUUCUCGCGCUGGCUCCUCCGUCGUCUUCUUGUCGAGCCGAAUCGGAGACAGGAGUCCCUGUCGAACUGCUGGGGCUCCUCGCAGAACUCCUCCCAGAAGGCAAUGGAGAAGCUUUUUUCACCAGAGUCGUGGACGCCGGCAAAGCGAUGCUGCUCGCAGACGCCCACCUCAUCUGGGAGCGUGCGCUGUACGUACACUCGAAUGAGGACUCGAAGCCAGGGGAGGCUGGCGGAGACUCAGCGGCGAUCCUGGGCGAGGGUGCCGCAGACGAUUCUCCGCUCGAAGGCGACGGCGAAAACAAAAAUGGUCAGGAACAAGAAGCGAGACUCGCAGCCGCGCUGCUGAUGUCGCCGUGGUGGCGAGCUGCUUGUCGCUCUGUCGACGCAAAAUCGUUUGUCGACAGAGCAGCUGCAGCAGCCGAGACUGAUGCCGCUGCUUGUCUUGCUGACCUCGUGGAUGCGUCUCCGUACGGCAUGGACUGGGUCGCGAAACUGGCGGCCCUCAGAGCCGCGGACCGUUCGUCCUCUUCGCUUCGGAAGCACAGUCAGGACACCGCGUUGCAAGACCUGCUUGGCAGCGUGAGUGAGUACGUUCACCCUGCGGUGGAAAGGACGAUGGACGAGACAUCUGCGACUCGCGAGAAGUCCGAGAGGAGCUUCCUGCCUCUCUCUUCCUCGGCAUUUCAUCCGCUCGCGGCGGAGGCGACGGCGCAGCUGCACCCGCUCGAAGGCGAGAGCGAAUCCCCGUCCGCUUCUCCGAACCUGACGCAUUCACUCAGGCCGCUCGCUUGGCUGAGACGCGUCUGCUGGUCUGCCACAGAAGGAGACGAGGACGCGGCAUGCAGAGAGGAGGAAAGGCACGACAGCAGAGAAGGCGAGACACUGGUUUUGAUGGCCGCCGUCCUGGCCGUGCUUUCGUCGUUUGGCGCCUCCUCUGGGCUUUGCCCCGGCAAGCGGGAAAGCGUUUCGAGUGAACUGUUUAAUCUCCUGGGAGCGAAGUGCAUCCACCUCCUUGACAUGCUCGUGGCGAACGCGUCGCUCUUUCUGAGAGAGUUGCAUCGGCUGCGAGACGAGAAAGCACAGCAGAACGCAAACGAAAAGCGUCGCGCCAGAGUUACUGCGAGACAACUCGUCGGAGCCUCGGUGUUCAUACAGAGGAAGAGUGAAAUGUUGUUCCAACGGCUUCAGCAGAAAGUGGAAGGGAAGCAGCGUCGCCAGGCGGCGCUUGCGAUGCAGCAAGACUCGUCGGCCUGCGGAAUGCGAACGGUACCAGGCUGGGAAGAAGGCAGAUCUUUGGAGGAAAGCAUUUUGGAUGUCCUGCUCGAGGAAGACUUCGAAGACGCCCCGCGAGCUCCCGGCACUCGCAGAGAUCCGCCCACUCAGAGGCAGAAGAUCGAAGGGAGCGUCGCGUCUGCAUGCGCUCCCUCGACGUUGCCGGCAGGAGCAACUUGGAGACAGGAGCAGAAGAUCGAGGAAGUUUUCAUUCCACCUCCGGAGACGAAGACGGUACCGCAGUCGUCGCUGAUUCCAAUUGCGGCGUUGCCUGCGUGGGCGCGCGUCUGCUUCCCCAACGUGACGCACCUGAACACGUUGCAGUCUCGAGUCUAUGCUGCUGCGUUCCUCAGUGGCAAGUCGAUGCUGGUGUCUGCGCCGACGGGAGCAGGGAAGACGAAUGUCGCAGUCCUGUCGAUUCUUCAGCAAGUCUUCGAGCACCGGUUUCUCCAGAUCGCGCCGCGGGGACGUGCGCGACCUCGCGUCUCGCACCGCUCUGCAGGCCGUUCAGGUGUCGACGGCGGAGACGAGCCGUCGUGCGUCGUCGAGGAACCUGUUUGUUUCGAACUCGCGUCAGAAACGAACAGGUCGGCAGCUGCACAAGACCUGCACGCGCCUUCGCUCAGUUGUGCCCGCGGGAUUCAUGGCCUCGAAGGAUCAAACACCGAGGUUGCCUCCUCUUCGUCGGCUUCGCCUCCGGCUCCUGCGUCUGCUUCCGUUUGCUCGGAUGGACGCUUUUCGCCGCCGUCUGCGCGGUUGUUCAAGGUUGUGUACAUUGCGCCUAUGAAGUCGUUGGUCGUGGAGGUGGUGGACAAGCUGGCGGCCGCGCUCGGGAAGGUCGGCCUCGUUGUGAAGGAGAUGACUGGCGACGUCUCGCUGUCCCCGCACGAGAUGCAGAGCGUCCACGUGAUAGUCACGGUGCCCGAGAAAUGGGAUAUCUUGACGCGAAAUGCGCGCAACAGCAACUUCGGGGCAGACGACUCGGAGGCGGAGGAGAGGAACUUGAUGACGAGCGUCAAGUGCAUCAUCAUCGACGAGAUCCACCUCCUCGACGACGAACGAGGUCCCGUUCUCGAGUCCAUCGUCGCGCGCGUUCUGAGACAUGUCGAGGAAACGCAAGUCCACACCCGGCUCAUCGGAAUCUCCGCGACGCUGCCCAACUGGCAAGACGUCGCGGCGUUUCUUCGCGUCGAGCCGAGCAGGGCGUUUUUCUUCGGCGCAGACACGCGGCCCAUUCCUCUGGAGCAGACGCUGGUCGGAGCGCUGGAGAGCGACGCACAGAGGCGACGGCAGAAGGUGAAUGACGUCUGUUACGCAAAGGUGGUGGAAGCUGUGAAAAACGGGCAUCAAGCUCUCGUCUUUGUGCAUUCUCGUCGGGAGACGGUCGCGACUGCAGAGUUCCUCGUCCAGGCAGCCCAAGCUCAGGGACAUCUUGGACUCUUCGUCAGUCAGGCGAAGGCGUCUUCGAGCUACGCGCUGCUGGCUAGCCAGGCGCACAAGUCCCGCUGUCGAGAGGUCGCUUCGCUUUUUUCUAACGGGGUCGCGAUUCACCACGCUGGCCUUCUGAGGAGCGACCGUCUCUUGGCUGAGAAGCUUUUCCGCACAGGAGCUGUCCGAGUGCUCUGCUGCACAGCGACGCUGGCAUGGGGAGUGAACCUGCCGGCGCGCACGGUCAUCAUAAAAGGAACAAGCGUCUACGACUCUAAAUCGGGAGGCUUCCGCGACAUCAGCGUCCUGGACGUCCUGCAGAUCUUCGGUCGAGCUGGGCGCCCCCAGUACGACACCCGCGGCUCUGCUGUGCUUAUCACCGAGGGGCAUGAACGCCUCAUGCGCUACGUCGGACAGCUGACGCACAGUUUGCCAGUCGAGAGCAAGUUUCUCGAAAAUCUCGAAAACGCACUCAACGCAGAAGUUGCCAUCGGCACUGUGUCCUCCGUCGACGAAGCCGUCGACUGGCUGCGAUACACCUUCUGCUUCGUGCGAAUGUGCAGAAACCCAAGAGUUUACGGCGCAGACGAGACGAUCCUGAUGGACGACCCAGAGUUGUGUGCUCUUCGGCGAAAACUCAUUGUCGACGCCGCUGAGACGCUCCAUAAGCACCGCUUGAUCCGUUUUAACUCGAGAACGCAGCGUCUCGACCCCACAAAUCUCGGACGCAUGGCCUGUCGUUACUACGUGGACUACGAAACAGCUUCACUCUUUCGUCAAGACGUCGAACUUGGCGUGGACGAAGACAGAGUGAUUUUACGUCUCCUCGGACUCGCGAAGGAAUUUGCGUCUCUCAAGGUUCGAGACGACGAAGAGAGCGAAUUGUCAAACUUGCGGAGAAGCGCCAUUUGCCGAGUGCCGAUUGUGGGCGACUUCGACGCGCCAGAGGCGAAAGUUCAGACGCUCGUCCAAGCCGCGCUCGCACAGGCGCCGAUCAAAGCGUUUUCCCUCUGUGCCGACUCCAACUACGUUCAGGCCAAUAUUGGGCGACUGUGUCGCGCGCUCUUCGUCACCAGCCUCUCUCAGGGCGACGCCAGUUCAGCAGAGAAAAUCCUGGAGUGGACCAAGGCAGUGGAGAGAGGCUUGUGGCCGACUUCUCACGUUUUGAUGCAUUUCUGCAAUCCCAACUGCUUCGACCCCGACGUACAAAAACGCAGACAACCUUACGUACCGCGAGCCAACGAACAUCCUGGAAAGCAAAACAGACUGGUGCUCAGAGAAGGGAUGGUGAGCCGCCUGGAGAAGCAUCAGUUUGCGCUGGGUCGACUGCGAGACUUAGGCGCCAGCGAAAUCGCCUCCCUCGUCGCCAGCAAGGCCGACGGCCAGGACGUCGCGCUUGCCAUCCGGAUGGUCCCCGAUCUGGAACUCGACGUUAAUCCGAUAACGGCCGCGAUUCUGCGCGUGUCGAUCGCACUGCGAUUCACCGAGGAGUUUUUAUGGUCAGCCUGGUGGCAUGGAAAUGGAGAACUCUUUCACCUCUGGGUUGCGGACGUCGACACCCAGCGUCUCCUUCACACCGAAGAAGUCACGAUGCAGAAAGAAAACAUCCGGGAGGCGCGGGAGGUAUCUUUCGCGUUGCCUCUUCACGAGCCGACUUCCACGCAGUUCCAGGUCUUGGUGAUUUCCGACAGAUGGGUCGGUGUCUCCUUCCAGCAUUUGUUCUCUGUGCGGCACUGUCUCCUUCCUGACAAGCGUCAGGCCCACACCGAACUGCUCGACUUGCAUCCGCUGCCUCGCACAGCACUGAACAAUCCGGAGUUCGAGGCGCUCUACAAUUUCCUGUAUUUCAAUCCAAUUCAGACGCAAACGUUCCACGUCUGCUACCACACAAACUACAAUGUGCUUCUGGGCGCCCCCACAGGCAACGGUAAGACGAUUGUUGCGGAGCUGGCAAUGUUGCGAUUGUUCGCUACCUCGCCGAAGCAGAAAAUUGUUUACAUUGCUCCUUUGAAGGCACUUGCCGCCGAGCGUCUCGAAGACUGGAAAGCGCGGUUUGAAGGAAAGUUGAAGAAGCGAGUCGCAGAGUUCACGGCAGAUGCGGAGGCAGAGAACGCGCGAGACUUCUGGAAAGCAGACAUCUUCGUCUGUACACCUGAGAAGUGGGAUGGUCUGUCUCGACAGUGGAGAGAGCGGCGGUUCGUCCAGCAAAUAGGUCUUGUCGUCAUCGACGAGAUUCACCUGCUCGGACAAGACAGAGGGCCAGUGCUGGAAGCCAUUGUGAGUCGGAUGCGGUACGUGAGCAGUCAGACAGACCAGCCAGUUCGUUUCGUCGGCCUCUCCACGGCUCUCGCGAACGCGUCAGACGUUGCGGCUUGGCUGGGCAUUGGAAAAAUCGGCCUCUUCAACUUCAAACCUGCCGUCCGGCCGGUUCCCUGCUCCGUGCACAUCCAAGGCUUCCCUCAAAAACAUUAUUGUCCUCGAAUGAACGCGAUGAACAAGCCGGUGUUCGAGGCGCUCCUCACGCAUGCAUCCCCCGACCUCUCAGCGGAAGACAUGCAUACGCCGCCAGAGAUCUUAAACGGCGUCUACAGCACUUGUACUUUCUUUUCUUCGUCUUCUUCCUCUUCUUCCUCUUCGUCCUCUUCGUCCUCGUUUUCUUCCUCGUUUUCUUCCGCUUCGUCUUCAGCUGGUCCUCGUCGCUUUUCUCCAAUUGCUUUGCGGCCCUCCUUGGUGUUCGUCUCUUCUCGGCGACAGACGAGACGCACCGCACAAGAACUGGUGUCUCUGUUGCAUACUCGACAUGAGCAUGCGACAGAUCUUUUCCUCGACGUCCGCCCGGAGGAAGCUGACGAGUUUUCUCAGACUGUCGAGUCUGUUCAGGACGCGUCGUUGCGUACGACUCUGCACCACGGAGUCGCGAUUCACCAUGCCGGGCUGUCUCCCCACGACAGGGCAGUAUCUGCUCGCCUUUUCGAAAAAGGAUUUGUCCGAGUCUUGGUCGCGACAGCCACACUGGCUUGGGGAAUGAACUUGCCGGCAAGACUGGUCGUUGUUAAGGGAACAGAGUACUACGACGCAGAGACGAACCGUUAUAAAGAUUUCCCCAUCACGGAUUUGUUGCAGAUGAUCGGUCGCGCAGGAAGGCCGCAGUUUGACAGUCAGGCGGUGGCUGUGAUUUUCUGUCACGAACCGAAAAAGAAUUUCUACAAACGUUUUCUCUAUCAGCCGUUCCCUGUCGAGUCGUGUCUCCUGAACGUUCUCGCCGAGCACUUGAAUGCAGAGAUUGUCGGAGGUACCAUUCAGACGAAGCAGCAAGCGAUAGAGUACCUCACAUGGACCUACUUCUUCAGACGACUGACGUCGAAUCCGUCCUACUACGAUCCGUCUCUGAUGAUUCAAGACUUCACAUCUUCCUUCGCGUCCAGAGGAGACAGGCUCCAGGCCUCGGCAGUGAGACAGAGACGAGCGGCGAUUGCCGCGUUCGUCGACAAGGCGGUCUGCGAAGCGCUCGAUGAACUUCUCGAAGCCUCUGCUCUCCGACUGCGGUUCCCCACCGCCGAGGAGAAGUUGCAGGCUGUCACAGGCGGCGAUGCGACCCGGGCAGACGCCGUCACACGCAGACUCCGCCAUAGCGCAGACGCAGAUGAACAAGACGGAGAACAGGACGAAGAGGAAAGAGGGCAGGAAGCGCGAGCGAUUCGCGCAGAGCUCAGUGCGUUGUCUGAGGAGAAGAAGCCCGCGCGCCGGGGAAGAGGAAGAAAGACUUGCGAAGGAAGAGACAUUUUCGAAGAGGAAGACGAUGGGCCGACUUCGCUGGAACCUGUGUUGGAGUCCACGCCGUUAGGCCGAAUUGCAUGCGUCAACUAUAUUUCCCCAAAGUCCGCAAAGAUGCUGUCUGACGCCCUGAGACCUGCGCAAGCAGAAGAAGAAAACCGAAGACUCAGCUUUGUCGACAUCGUCAAACUCCUCGCAGAUGUCCCCGAAUACAAACAAAUGCCUGUCAGGCACAACGAGGACAACCUGAACGCGGACUUCAGUGCCAUCUGUCCGUAUCCCAUUGACGCCUCAACAGUCAAUUCACCCCACACGAAGACUUUUCUGCUGUUCCAAGCGCAGAUGUUUCAGCUGCCAGUGCCGAUCGCCGACUACAAUACGGACUUGAAGUCUGCGCUCGACAACGCCAUGCGUAUCCUCCAGGCGAUGCUGGACAUCUGCACCGAAGAAGCCCAGUUGCGGUACGCCUUGGACGUCAUUCUGCUUUUCCAGUGUCUCAUUCAAGCGACGCACCCAGCGCGGUCUUCGCUGCGCGCCUUGAAGCAUCUGAGGUCUGCAGAGCCUUCUCGUCUCCGUCGUCUAUCCUGCCUCGGCAUUCACUCUCUCCCCUUUCUCGUGGAACACAAAUGUCCCGCGGCAGUGCUACUGAAGGCGGGAUUCACAGACAAGCACACCCAUGAGAUUUGCGAGGAGUUGAAGAAAUUCCCUCGCCUUCGCGUCUCCACUCGCUUGUUCGUGAAAGAAGCCGAGGGGGCGUCUGACGACGAGGCCGUUUUUGAGCACAGUCCUCCGCAGCCGCUCCGUCAAGGAGACGGCCGCGAAGGUGAAACGCUCGUCCAUACAGUUCGUCCAGGCGCGGAUCUCCAUCUCGAGGUGUCUCUCAAGUAUUCGAACUUGCCUCCGCAAGUUGCGUUCACUCCCAACUUCCAUAAGCAAAAAACAGCAGGCUGGUACAGUUCGUUGUCCCCGAUUCCUCAAAACCGCGUUCCUCGUUCUCGCGCUGUGAAACGGUCGAUGUGUGUGUUGUCCGAGAGAGUCUCCCGGUUCUUCGCUCUCGAAGGCGGCGCCGACUUCGCACCUCUGCGGUUUUGUAUCGCAGAGUUGCUCGUAGCAGUCCCCGUUCUCCAAGUCUCCCUCUGAAAAAAAGUAGCUGUGCUCCUUUGAUGAGGUCGCGGGUCGCGCCGGUCUCCACCUCGGCGGCGGUGCCUCUGAGAUUCGAGAUGUUGCGGUGCUGUUUUUCGUUGCUCGCCAAAGGUUCUCACGCUGCUCUUUUUUUCUCCGUCUCUCUCAUGUCCAUGCGUUUCCCCAGUGCUGCCGCAGGAGCAGCUCUUCUGCUCCUGCUCUUUUCUUUUGGCGGCCUUGGUGUCUUUGUCUCAGUCCUGUCAUGUCCUAAGCUCUCUCUGCCGCUCUUGUCUCUUUCUCCAGCUCCUACAUGGCUUUCUCGAAACGGCUUAGGAAGUCCGGUUUUCCUUCGCGAUCUCCCGUCUCCUUUCUUCUUGUCUCCGUUGCGAUGUUUCAGUCCUCCGAAAAGCGCACCGCACCGUUUUCGAUUUCCGCGUUUUGGGGAUGUUCUCUGUGACCCUUUGCCCUCCACUGCAGGCGCGCACAGUUCUUUUGCUUUUUUCUCUCUGCAUUUCUUCUCUGCUUCUCUGUGUCUGGAUUUUCCUCCAUUGUUCUGUCUCUCCCUUUUUCCUUUGUUUUCCCUUCCUUCCUCUCUCGGGUCUCUCCAUUGUCCUCUUUUUUCGUUCUUCUUUCUUCUAGCGGCACCCCUCUCUUUGUUCUCUCCAUUCCCCCUUUCUCGCUUGUAGGUUCCUCCUCCUUGGAGACGCAGACGAAGACGUCGAUGAACUGAUCGCUCUGCGCCGUGUCCACUUGCACAGCGGCAAAACACAGGCUUCCUUCGAGUUCUCUGCUCCCGACGUCGGAGGCGCCAGCUUCCUGUUGACGCUUUUCGUCUGCAGUGACACCUACUUUGGUCUGGAUCAGGAAAUUGAACUUUGCAUUCGAACAGAAGCCACUGGAGACAUCGACGAAGCGCCGAGGGAGAUCUGAAAGGCUUGUGUUCACACUGGUUCUCAAAAAAACCUUCGUUUCUUAUUAGGAAACACGAACCUUGUGUCCAUCUUUCUUCCGGUCGCUCCUCUCCCUUCUCAUGUUUCUGUCCUUCUCUUCUCGGGGACCGUUCUCCCUCUUUCACCCACUUCAAGUGAACGUCUGUUCCGUCAGACGCUUCGUCGCCUUUUUUGCUUGCGUCCUUUCUCUCUCUCGCAUGCGCUGUCAGCGUCCCCGUUGUCCACGCCAUUCAACGCCCGCAGCGUUCGACUCUUCUCCUGCCUUAGGACUGCGCCUCUGUGUGAGGCAAGGCGACCUCGUUCUCUCCUCUCCGUCUUCAGCGUUCCUUUGUCUGCCUCCUUCCACGAGUCGCUGUCUUCGAAAAGCGGCAAUCCCCCGCUGUCUGCACUUCUCCACUCUGGAAAACCUCCGUUGCUGCAGGCGUUUCCUGAACCGCACGAAGGCGCUUCUCUGCGCUGCUGAGUAGUGUUUCUUCGUUCCACCACCUAGACAGGUCUGUAUUCAAAAACCGUCAUUUCCUUCUGCCGCGUGAGAAAGACUGCGGUCCAGACCAGUCAAGAAGAGACUUGGCUCUCUUGAUGCACCUUUCUCUGCACUUCCCUCCUCGAGCAAACCAAUCAAAGUCGGAAGACGCGC